UUUUUUUUGUUAUUGUUUCGGGUUAGUUGAGCAACUGAGUCCAAGGAGGAAAGCACGUCUGUUUCGCUCACGUUUUUGUUGUUUUCUCACGCAUUGCGACUCCUGUAUCUGAUAGAGACGGCUCGUUUAGACAAAGAAGUUUACAAAGAAGUGAGGGCGAUAAAGGUGCAACAUAGCCUGCCUUUUUUGUGUUGCCAUGGAAAAAGCGUGGCGGGUGGAGUUCAGAAAUGUGGGCUGCAGUUACUUCCCUCAGAGCAGAGUCGAUUGCCACUACACACUGAGCUCACAGCACAACUGGGCUAGCAAUGACUGGAUAGGGCUCUUCAAGGUGGGAUGGUUAUCAGUGAAGGACUACCACACGUUUGUUUGGGCACUUGCCCCAGCUGACUAUCAAGAGGGCACAGAUGUCAACUGCUGUGUGCACUUCCAGGCCUCCUACCUACCCAAGCCCAGCUCCCAAGAGUAUGAGUUUGUAUACAUCGAUGCUAAGGGGGAAGUGUUCUCCCGCAGCUCCAAAUUCACUUUCUGCGCUCCGAAGCCACUUGAGGAUCUGGUGACCCUUGAAGAGGAGCUCCAUGGAGAGGAAGGAGGCACAGACAUGUUGCUGGUAGUGCCCAGGGCUGAACUGCUGCAGAGUCGACUGCAGGAAUGUCUGCGAGAGCGUGCCGAGCUGCUGCAGGCACAGGAGGCGGCAAACAGGCAGAGGGAGAAAGAGAAGGAGGAGUACAAGAGGGCGAGGGAGGCCUGGGACAGACGACGCAAAGGGCUAGAAAGUGAUAUCGCCAACCUGCAGGAAGAGAUGAAGCAGAGUCGAGAGAAGGUCGAGGAGAUGGAGAUGGUGCAGAAGGAGGAGCAGGCUUUUGGAGAAUCACUAGCCCAGGAGAAACUCGAUUUAUUGGAUUCGAGGGAGGCGAGCAAAGUGCAAAUCAAAGAGCUGGAGGAGGAUAUCAAAACCCUGACUCAGAGAACUGUAGAAAGAGAGACAGAGUUGGAAAGGAUGAAGGAGAGAGCAAAGAGAGCAGGAGCUCAGAGAAAAGAAGAUGAGUGUGAGAGAAAGAGCCUGCAGACCAAGCUGGAACAGACAGAAGGUGAACUCCGAAGUCUGUCUAAGGAGUUCCAAGGCCUGAGGAAUUCGCUGGCCCAGAGAGACACAAGUGUCCUGCAGCUUCAAAACAGCAUCACCACCCUCACCCAGAAACUCACCACUGCCCACAGGAAAGAGGCGGAGAACGAGGCCACACUGAAGGAGAUGCGGAGCCUGCGGGAGCGUCUGAACGCCAGCGAGCGUGCUGCAGAGGGCUUGAAGAGUGAUCUAAGUGCCAUGGUGGUCCAGAGGGAUCAUGGGCAGAGCGAAUUGCAUCAGGCUCGUCUGCAGGCUGCCCAGCUCACCCUUCAGCUUGCAGAUUCCAGUCUGGCCCAGAGAGAGGGAAGAGCCCGCUGGGCCCAGGAGAGGCAGAAUCUGCAGCGCAGUGCUGAGAAGGACCACGAGCGUCUGGAGAAACUCAACGCAGAGAUGCAGAGGAUGGAGGAGAGGCUGCAGGAGGAGAGGAUGGAGAGAGUGAAGCUGGAGGUCGAGCUUGGGAGAGAAAAGGAUUGCAACCGGGUUCAGCUGAGUGAAACCCGCAGGGAGCUCCAGGAGCUGAAGGCCAGCUUGAGGGUCGCCCAAAAAGAGAAGGAGCAGCUACUUGCAGAGAAACGGGAGUUGAUGGAAUACAUCUGUCAGCUGGAGCAGAAGAUGGGAACAGUGGCCAGUGCCAAGUGGAGCGCUGCCCCGAUUGCCUCUACAGGGCGGCCUGGCAGCGUAUUGUCUGACUCUGAGGACGAGAACCCGGAGGCUUUGCAACCCCUCCGUCCACCAAGAUCUCUGGGACACUACAGCCUGUGUGAGCCGGGCCAGCUGGACUCUUUGCUCCUUGCCACCCCUCCUCCCUCCCUCAGGGAGGUGGAGAGGAGCGCAGUAGUCAUCAACCAACCAGCCCCGCUCUCAUCGCCACACCAGGCCGACGCUGACACUCUGGCGCACAGCUCUGAUUCGGAGGAGGAAUCUGAUAUACUUCAAUGUGCAAGACCCAGCUCUGGAGAGGAAACAGCACUUUUGCUGCCUGAGCAUGCUGACACUGUUCUCAGUGAUCUGGCCGACACCUCGCUAUGGUAACCAGUUGACAUCCAGCCACAGCGAGCGAUCAAAGCGAGGAAGAAGGGCACUUUCUUGGAGUUAACGUGGUUCCACGUUACUUCCACCAACAAGCACAGAUACAGCUCACUCACUACACAGACAAAAUGUUAAUAUGCAAUUUACAUCGUAUUUGCCGUGAACCUUGGUUUUCCCCUCUUAGACUGUUGUUAUUGCCCUCGCUGUUUUGUGUUUAGGACUGACAUAAUGCUUGUGGAGGCAGGUGGUUGCACAGUUUGAAACAGCGUGCUUUUGAGCAUGGGCUCUAGCGUUUGAGAGUUCACAGGCUGUAGCAGAAUGAUUUCUGUUGAAUCAUUGCUAUGUCGAGUCUUUACGAUGGCUGUUAUGUCAUUUUUUAUGACAUUUGUGAUUAGGAGUCAUGACAGGCACUGUAAUUAUGAUGUUUUGUGAAGGCCCAGCUCCACUGGAAAUCAUGGCAAAACUCUCUUCCAGCAUUAAAUUCUCCACAGCAGCUUUGAACGCUAUUCACGGCAGCAUAAAGUAAUGAUACAGCCUCAUGCUAGAAUUGCAGUGAUGUAGGUCUAUGACAUCAUUUUUCUCCUCCAUUUACUCAGAACUAAGAUUUGAUAUGCACUUUCUUGUACGCAUUAGCAGUUGAUUGUUGUCAUUCAGAUGCAGUUAAGGAGAUUUAGUGACACAGAGGCGCUCUAAGAUGGACAAGCAUUUGAAAUGGAAAGCUUAUUGAACAGAUUGUGUUUAAAGUCUAUUAAUUUAAAUAGAUGCCAGAUGCAACUUUCUACUUCAGUACCUUCAUAUCAUCAUUAUUAUAAAAUUAAUGCUCAUAAGCUUUUCACUAUAGAUGAACUGCAGUUUUUACUUGUAACGAUCCUGGAUUUAAUCAAAAUGAAAUGCGAAUUUACUAGCUGUCUAUUUGCAUAUGUAGUGUUUGUUACAGUUUGUAUUUUACAGAAAUCUUUUCUCACAUUCGUGCAGUUCAAAAUUUGUGCCUAAAAUAUUCAAAAAAGAGUCAGAGAAAAUCAUCUUCAUAGAUCCUGACAUCAUGACAUGGUGUUGGUAUUUUCCUCUAGCCCGAUGGAAAUAUACUGCCUAAUAAAAAAAUAGUUGCCUACCUUUUAAUCAAUACCAUUUGCAUUUUUCAUGAUUUCUGAGUUAUGCUGCAACAAAACUAUAUUCAGGUUUAGUUAGGUGUUUUCACACAACUGUCCGUGCAAUGUGUGACAAGUUUUCCAUGCUUGGCUAAGAAGAUUAGAAACUUUGAUGCUUGAUUUUAUCUGCUGUAUUUGCACCCUAUUUUUACUAUCAAAGAGUUUUUAGAUGAAAAGUUGAUGUAUGGAUACUUAAUAUGUCAGUUGUGUCCUUUCAUCAUUAUCAUUAUCUUUAUUAAUAUCAUUGUGUGUUGUGUUUACGUAUAUUUAAUCAACACUUUUUUUGUUUUCACCUUCUGCUUUCAAAUACUCAUGUUUGACUCUAAUAAGAUUUGAUAUACGAGUUAUAUUGUUGCAAGAUAUUGGUGCUAAUGAAAGGGAAUGAUACCGGCAUGUUGAGUUUAAGGUGAGAGAAAUUGAUUUUGAAUGUUUAAACAGGAGGAACAGGAUUAUGAAGGUAGUCAUGAAAGGAGUAAAUGUCUGUCCAUCCUCGUGUUACUGGGUACAUGUUGAUUCUCCUUAGUAUAAAAGUGGGAAUGUUUUGAGGAGCCUGGUAUUCUUUCCCAGUAGAUAGCACACUACACUACACUACAUGUAUUCUCCAUAGUCCUUGUUUGUGCUUGUAAUCUGACUUUAUGUCUUAGGGAAGUUAGUCUUUUGUUGUUCCACUGAGAGCUCCAGUACGAGUGCUCCUCGUCGGGUCACCGUCUCCAGUUGCAAUAAAGCUCCAGUGGUUAUGGUUUGUUUUGAAGUUUUGUGUGUGGAGGUUAUCCCACAUGUACACCGCCGUGUAUUUUCUCAUCAGUCAUGUAACAGGGUUUGGGUGGGGUUCUGUAUAAUAAAAUGGUUUAUGUAUCUAUUA